ACAAAUGGGUUUUAUUUUCAGAGAACACACAGUGAUAAAACGCUCUUUAAUGGAUAGAAGUGCCAAAUGCAUAGUAACGCACAUUUUAAGAAAUCUUUCUUCCAAAGCUCACAUUUCCAAAAUCGCUUUCCAAGUUUUUCUUUGUGCUUUUGUUAAAGAUUAAAAAGACCAAAUAAACUUUACUCCAAAACUUUGAUUAACUUUGGUGUGUGUGCAGGUGAUGAAGUGAAGUCAGUGUCAGUGAUGGAGGGAGAUUCUGUUACUCUACACACUGAUACUGAAAUACUGAGUGCUAAUCUGAUACUGUGGAAGUUUGAAACUGAUGGGACUCUCAUAGCUAAAAUCAAUAAAGACAUCAAUAAGACAUCAAUAUAUGAUGACGUUUUUGAUGGGAGAUUCAGAGACAGACUGCAGGUGAAUAAUCAGACUGGAGAUCUCACCAUCACAAACGUCACAACACACCACACUGGAGUUUAUAAAAUGACCAUCGGCGGCAAAGAGAAGACCUCAUCAUACACAUUCAAUGUUAGUCUCUAUGCUCGUCUGCCCAUUCCUCUCAUCUCUAUUUACUGUCCUCAAAACUCUUCAUCAAUCUCAAACUGUUUAUUAUUGUGUUCAGUGAUGAAUGUGAGAGAUGCGAGUCUGUCCUGGUACAAAGGAAACAGUUUAUUGUCCAUCAUCAGUGUGUCUGAUCUCAACAUCAGACUCUCUCUACCUCUGGAGGUUGAAUAUCAGGAUACAAACACAUACAGAUGUGUACUCAACAAUACCAUCACAAACCAAACUCAACAUAUCAACAUCAAGAAUCUCUGUCAGAUCUGUUUAGAUACAACAGCGCUCACCUUCAUUCUGCUCCGUUGUCUUUUUGAUGGAUGUCUGAUGAUUGUAGCAUCAGUUCUGAUCUUCAGCAUCUACAGGAAACAUAGAAACACACAGCAAAAUGAAACAGUUCAAACCAGAGAAGAGGAAGUCACUUGCAGAUCCAACAUUCUAUAAAAGAGCAGCCGAGAUCUGCAGUAGAGGAUGAUGUGGUGUAUGCAGGAGUCAAGAGACAAUAAACAAACUCUCUGUGAUUCUCAGAUCAACAUUCAGCUGUUUAAUCAUCUUCACUUUCAGUUAUGACUUUACAUAAAGUGCUUAUUACAUUUAAGAUGUCUGUGUUCUCUAUCACUUUCAAGAUUUGUUAAUUCUCCAUUGAAUUCUGAAGCAUA